AUGGAAGAUCCACCAGCAACACAAUCAAAAAACUUCAGAGCCUUCAGGAGGGAUGAGGACCUGGAAAGUUCCAGCAGCAUCAUUUUCUCAUACAAAGAGGUAGAAAAGAAACACCAGAAAGCCUCUGAUGGGCUUCAUGGAGCUCCUCAGCCCAGAAUCCAGUGUCAGGUACUGUUGGAGGGAGAAGAGGCCAUGGGCAUUGCUACAGUCAGUGAAGGGACUUUUGACAACACAGCAAAGCACUUGGAUAGCACAGAUCAGAAAUCUUCACACAGCAGUCCCAGGAUAUCUAGGUCACAGGACCAAGACAAGACCCAAGAAGACCAGAGUAACAAAGCCAAGAAAACUGGAGAGCUGAAGCCACCUUGUCCCAGAGUCAAGGUAGAAGACAAGCUCAGCAUCACCAAGACCAAGAGGAAGAGGAAUCCACCUGAACUCAGUCAUGACAGCUUUAAGAAGCCUCUAACUCACCUCGGCAUCCACAUGCUGGAGGCCGUGCAGUUCUUUUACCCACGGGGAAAGAAGAGUGACAAGAAAACGAGGAUCUCCUGCUUUCAGUCUCUGCCAAACUUCAGCAACAACCAAGAUGCCAGGACAGGCCCAGCCACCACAUCACACCUAGAUGUGCCAUGUGAUGGCCCAGGGCUUGCUAACACCCCAGGAAAUGCUCAGAGAUCAGAGAUCAGUGCUCACAAGGAGUGUCUACCUCCUUCCCCGUGUAAGCUGCCCCCACCUGGAAAGGUCAAGUUAGUACCUCUGCGCUUCCCAGACUUGGGCAAGACUCAAGCCAGACAUUUUUCCAGAAAGCUUCUUUCCCUGACUUCAGGCAAUCCCACUGCAGCUUAUGCUGUGAGGCCACAUUCCCACUUGGCUCCAGCUACCACACUCAAUUCAUCCCAAGCAGCUCCUGCCAGCAAAUCCUUGACGGCCUCUGAGAAGACAGCUGUGCUGACUGCCAACAGUGCAACACGACAUAACAUAACCAACAACUUCCAUUAUUGCACAAUGCCUCGACCAGCUGUCCGUGGCCUGACACCUACAGAGCAUCAUCUCAUCCUUCACUCCAGAGGGAGCUUGUCUCUGCUGCCAGGAUCAAGGCCCCAUCACCUCCCAAACCUCAAACCCAAUACAUGCUGCAAGACUUCACCUGCCAACCACUUCCAUGGAGGAAAGCAGACAUUCCAGGGCCAGGCAUCUCAUAGCCCAUCACAGCAGAGCAGAGGCCAGAGAGGGAGCUGGGCUCAACAGGAGCAACAGAAUGCUGCCAAGUGGUCCUCUCAGAACAAACUUCUCGUUUUCCUUCACAGGGAAAAGGAUAUGGAAAUUGUUCAAUAUUAUGGCUAUGCAAUGUAA